AUGUUCUUAAUCCUGGUUGUCACAGUGUUCUUGGCUAGCUGCUGGGCAAUGCCCAUCAAAGACCCGUACUCGUAUUCCUCUGCGGUGGGUCAGGGAGGUGGCACCCCAUUUGCUUCCUACGGUGAAGGACGCAUCACAGGAGUCAGAGUGUGGGAGACCAACAACAACAACUACUACUACUACUACAACAACAACGCCUACAUCAGCGGGUUCCAGCUGAGAUACGGCAACACCUGGACUCCUGUGUUCGGUCACGAAGUGGGUGAAAAGCAGGAAAUGGAGCUGUUUAAUGAAGAGGCCAUCGUCGAGGUGUCUGGGAAGUACAACCCAGCAGACCACAUCUGCUACCUGGUGUUAACCACCAACAUGGGGCGCACUCUGUCAGCCGGCCUGCCCAACCAAGUCUCCUUCAACUUCUACCCAGCCAACAUGGGCAAUGAGCUGAGGCUGCUCAGCGGUCGCUUCAACGGUGCCGGGAUCACCUCCAUCGGAGCCCACUGGGGAUUGGUAUACAUGGAAGGGGCUGGAAACAGUACUCUGGAAACAGCACUGGAAACAGUAACUCCUAUUUUUUAGGGAAAAAAAGUAUGUCUUGCUCUUUGGGAUGGUAUCCCGGAUACAGAUUAAGCCUAGUCCUGGACUAGUUACUUUCAAUGGAGAUUCUCCAUUCAACAUGCUUUUUAGUCCAGGAGUAAACUUAAUCUGUGUCCAGGAAACUGACCCUAUAUGUUGGACGGAUGUUUGACAUAGACGCUGACAGAACAGUUUUUUAUAUCACUAUCUGAUGGGCGCUUCAUGAGAAUUUAAACUGAAUGAAUUUGAAUGUUUUGAGUACUUUGGAAGUAUUUUUUAGGUGAUUCCUCACUUGA